AGUACAAUUCCAAAUCGGAAAAUUAUAAUCUCUCUCUCUCUCUCUCAAAUUCUCUACCACACAACAAUUGAAACUAACCAUGAAAAACUUGCCUACAAAGAAGGAAGUCAACAAGGGAGCAUGGACGGAAGAAGAAGAUAGAAAACUUGCUGAAGUUAUUGCAGUUCAUGGUGCUAAGAGAUGGAAAAUUAUUGCAGCCAAAGCUAAUCUAAACAGGUGUGGUAAGAGUUGCAGGCUAAGGUGGUUGAAUUAUUUAAGACCAAACAUAAAAAGAGGCAACAUAUCUGACCAAGAAGAGGACUUGAUUCUUAGGCUCCAUAAACUGCUAGGGAACAGGUGGUCUUUGAUUGCUGGGAGGUUACCAGGUCGAACGGAUAAUGAAAUAAAGAACUACUGGAAUUCUCAUUUGAGCAAGAAAAUAAAGCUGAAUGAGAACCAAUUAGCUGCAUCACAAAGAGCAUGCUCCAAGACAACACCCAUGGAGGAGAAUUGUAGUUUUGGGGUUAGAGAACCAAAUAAUUGUAUUUCUAACAGUACUGGAGGUGUUGUUGAUCAUGGAGGCUCAAAUGUCAACUUCAAUGUCGAUGAUUUCUUUGACUUCUCCAAUGAGGAUCCAUUGAACUUGGAGUGGAUGAGCAAGUUCAUAGAAUAGUCGUACCUAGCUAGUUCGACUUCUCUGCGAUGAAUUUCGUGUGCCUAUAAAUUAAGGUUUAUGUGAAACUUCAAAACUUGUAAAUUAAGUACUCUUCAUUAAUUGCUUCUCAUGGAUGUGGUUACUAGAGUUGUUCCUGUACUGUGAUAUCUACCUUUUUUGUGUGUGA